GAUAUGGAGUGGAAGUCGGACGACGGACGGACGGAGCUAAAAAUGAAAAAAGCUAAUAAAUCGCACUUACCUACACACAUUUCAGCCCGAGACCGGGCACAGCAGUACCCAGGGCUAUUGCACGAGAGUGGCGGGAAAUUGUUCUGCACCCCGUGCAACUGUGUUUUAGAGCACUUAAGGAAGUCGACGGUGACAAACCAUUUUGCCAGCGCAAAACAUGCCAAAAUGCUCAAUGCUGCUGCAGGAAAAGUUGUCGCAAGACAACUGACGCUCCUGGAGGCAUCGACUUCUAAAACCGUCGCAAGGGCGACACGAAAUGAGAUUUGUGAGACCUGGGUCUCCACCUGCACUGCAGUGAACAUCCCCUUGUCUAAAAGUGACCACCCUACAAUGAGGAAAUUCCUCAAAGAAAGAGUAGUAAAUGGUGGAGCGAUUCCAGGAUUUCACCAGCUGCAAGAGAAACACUUGGGAGCAGUAUAUGAGAAAAGAAAAGAAGAGUUGAAGACACUCCUGGCAGGAAAACCUGUCGCUGUGAUCUUCGAUGAGACUCCAGAUGUAGAGGGGAGAUGUGUGUUGAACAUCCUGCUUGCACCACUAGAGAAGGAUGCUUCUGGACGGAUCUUGGCCUACCUUGCAGACACAGUGUUCCUUGAGCAGUGCAAUCAUUCCACUGUAUCGGUGGCUGUCGUAAAUUGCCUUCAAGAAUACAGCAUCAAAAAUGAGGAUGUCAUUGUGUUUGACACAGAUAACGCAGCAUACAUGAAGAAAGCAUUCACAGCUGCUCUUCAUGCACUGUACCCCAACUCACUGCACAUCACAUGCAUGGCACACAUUAUGAACCUCAUCGGCAAUUCCUUUCGCAAACCUUUUGCACAGUUGAACAGCUUCAUGCUGAGUUUCUCCCAGAUGUUCUUCAAUGCUGGAGCACGCAAGAGAAGAUACCUCUGCUUCAUGAUAAACAAGCUGCCAGGAAAAAAGGUGACCAUGCCUCCAAACCCCUGUGCAACACGCUGGAACUCUUGGUUCUUUGCCGUACAAUACCACAAGAAGUACUUUGGACUGUACAAGGAGUUCAUUGAGACGGAGAUACAGGUGUGUGGCAGAAGUGUACCACCAUCUGUGGAGAGACUCCAUGAAAUGCUUCAACACCCAAACCUGGCUCAGUCCCUGAAUGUGCAGAUCAACAUCAUGGCGGACAAGUGCCAACCCAUCCUCAAUCUGCUAGACAUCUUUGAAAGCAGACGCCCAGUGACCACAAAGAUCUACAAUUAUCUGGAGGAUCUUCAGGUGGUCAUUGCUGCCAACAAAGAGCUGCAGCAUGAGAUAUGUGCAGAAUACUUUGAGGAGUUUGACCUACAACACUGCACGAAGACCGAGAUCCUCGGCACAGUUGGUGAGGCAUAUGUCGAUGCUGAGGAAAAGCUCACUAAGUAUAUGUCGGAUGGCCAGCCAGCCAUAGAAUUUCUCAAAGAGGUCAGGGUGUUUGAUCCUCGUCACAUCGCCUUCCUUGAGGACUCUGUGGAAAGCUACAAGGCCAUUCCAGGUUUCACUCAUGUGCCGAGAGAUGAAUUUGAUUCUUAUUUCAAAGCCCUGGGUCCAGCAGCACUCAGAGCUUCAGGUUGUGGUGUGGUGGAUUUGGAUGUGUUCUGGGAUGGCUUACAGGAGAGACUUCCUGUGCUGUCCAGCUUAGCCCACAGGUACAAGGAUGCUGUCUCCAACUCAGCUGAUGCUGAACGGAGUAACAGCAUCUAUAAGCUGGUGUUGUCAAACAGAAGGAGGUCAACGACCAACCCCAACCUAAAAGCGUUGGUUUUCUUGUGUCAUAAUGAACGCAUCCUCAGUGGAGCGUUUGAGAGAGAGGAGAGGGAGAAGGGAAACGUGGUAGAGGGGGAGGAUAUGGAGGAGUGGGAGGGCCUGGAUGAUGCGGGAGAGGGCAUGGAGGAUGACUGA